UUAAUUAAUAUCAUCAAAUCAUAUGGAUGUUGAGAAACCCCAAAAGUAUCUUUCAUUGAAGCCUGGGCGCACCAACAUCCUGGGCAUUUUUCGUGUUCUAUCAUCCCAUGAUUACACAGAAGAAUGCAGAGAUUUCAUAGAGUCGGCGGAGGUGAAGGAAGAAGAAAUGGUUGAGCAUAGAGUGGUUGUUUUUGCGUCAAUCUUGGCGCAGAAACUGCUUCAAUAUAGCGCUAAGCCCCUCUCCUUGCUGGGCUCAGGAUUGGAGAUGUGCUUCAACAUUCUAUGUAAUAAUACUAAUUUCAACGUCUUCUUCCACAACUUGCUCAGAGGGAAGGUGGUGGUGCCGAGUGAAAAAUCUGCUAGUUUUGUAUCAAUGAUUGGUAUUAUGGAUAAGAGGGUGGAUUUGGACAACAACGUUGAAAGAGGAACUAACAAAUACUUUGCAUCUCUCUGUGCAAUCGCAUCAAAAUUAGCCUACGAAAAUGACCAUUACAUCCAAACCAUAGUUGAAAAUACAUGGAAGUAUUAA